GAUCCCAUUCAAACUGUUCCCUUGCAUCGCAUCAGUCAGUAUUGUGCAAAAGUUGCUGUUUCGAGCUGCUAACAAUAAUAUCAAGUUCAAGUGGUUCAAUAACAACAAAACAAAAGAGACCUUUCCAUAACGCUAUUCAAAUGCAUCUGUUUUACAUUUCGUUCAUCAUUAUCACCUUGUUCGUUAACCUUUUGGCGGGAUUCAAUGAUCGAUGCAGAAUGGAUCCAUUCAACAAAGCAGUAACGGUGCACAGUUUGAAGUACAUUUGCAAUAACGACGAGCUUCGGAACAUUUUCUUGAACUCAAAGGCGGGACCCUUUCCACCGAACAGUAAAUUCAAAGGGCAUAUACUCGCAUGUCCGAGUGGCGCAUGCGAUUUACUGGAACUCAUGAUCGAAUCUCUGUGGAGCGGUAAAAAUGUCGUCUCUUCGGGUGGAUCGUGGCCGAAUGAUCAUGGCUUUGUGACGAACAAUAUGCUGGGAACGUUUGAUAUGUUCAAAGCGCCAUUUUAUCGAACUAUUGCACCGAUUGAUGGCAAAGAAGCGAUGGCAAUCGAUUAUGCAAAUGAUUUAUUCUUAUUUAUUCUAAUGGACUAUGUGCGGAAGGUUCAAAAUAAUUUGUUUUUGGGCAUUGUUACGUUUCGACCAUUUUUCAAAACUCCGAUUAUGUAUUUCCUGUUGGAAAUUGUUGAUUAAUGUCCACGUGAGACAUGCAGUUGUCUAGCAAAAGUUUUGUGAAGAGUUUCAGAAGGUCGGUUGCGUAGAUCGCGAAUAUUUUUUAGCUUUACAGAAUUGGCGUGGCGUGGAGUGCCAUUUUAAAUUUAAUUUAGUAAUUGUUAAUUUAUGUCUCAAGUAUGAAUGGAAAGUCUUAAAAAUGUGUUCAUUAUGUCAAGGUUCUGAAAGAACAUCUUAAGACACUUCUGAAUUGAUCAUGAUGGCUGACUUUUCACACAAUAUGAAGUACAAUGAGUGCGUUUAACAAAUUUGAUGCCAACCAUCUCCGUGGGUACCUAUUCUUUCAGAACCUUCAUCUAAGUAUGUACGAAUUGUUCUUAUCACAUCCGCAAAAAUCAACAGUGGCACUGCCGUCAAGUCGGUCUUUUGAGUUCCAAAAUUUACAAAUUGAUUUUUCCAUCAAGUCAAUACUCUCUCUAGCAAACAAUUAGGGUGUAAAAUAAGUUUCAGAAACUCUGCUCUUCACACGGCUCUUCACACGAAUCGUAAUCAAAUAGCAGAGUUUCACAAACUUCUUUACCACCUUAAUAAAUGCAGUUUGUUUGCUAGAGAUAGCAGAG